UUUGUCACAGAUGUUUUCUAACAGUUUUGAUUGUUUUGUUUAGAAACGAUUUUUGUUUUAUAGAGUACACAAAACGAAUAUUUCUUAUUUCUUUUGUGUUUAUGUCAUUUAAAAAAUGAGAAAAAUAAUUGUGGGCUCGUACAGGAACAUUAUUGAAUUUCUUAAAUUAAUGUUGAAUGUACUAUGGCAAAGAGUCACCCUGUUUUAAUACGAAGAACAUCAAAUCAAUAUGUCUCUUUAUUUUUAAUCAGUUAGGGUCAUUCUUUAGUCAGAAUCAUGAGUUCCAACAACGCAGAGUGUGCUGAUACGUCCUCAUUCAACUUUUUACAACGAUCAACAAAAAGAGUUCUUGACGCAGCAGCCAGCGCAACACGCUUUUCUUUCUCAAGUUUCUUUUCCAAACCAAACCAACAGAAACACAACAAUUCUUCACAACACUUAACGCAAGAUGAUUUGUUAGAUAAAUCACUUGAUACACAAGCGUUUUCAGAUGAUUUGAGUGUACAGGAUUUUCCCUUGCCUCUUCCUGGAGAAUGGGAAAAAACACCUCGUUUUUUUUACAAAGAAUCUUCGUCCGUGAAUGAAAUUGACACUGAAGCCAUAAAAAAAACGAAUGGGCAAGAUAAAAAAUCAAUUCUUGUUGAUCUGGUAGAAUCUCCUUUCAGCUGUGAAACUCCAGUGUGUGCUAAGGAUGGUCAUGAAGACGUCACGUCGUUACGGCUAACGAAUACGAACACAUGUUUUAAUGGAAACGGAACAGAACCACGGGUUGAGCAAGUCAUACAAACACAAAAGACAGAUUCUUCUAAUCUUAUUGAGUCUGUAGUUUUAUUGGUGUAUCAAAAAAAUGCAGUUCUUCUCGGUCAUCGACUUGAGUGGAAAGAUGAACUUGCGUUACUAGAAGAACUUAUUUGUGUGUUGCGUAAACCGUGUUUUAAUCCUGAACCGUGUGAAAACAACUUGUGGCAAGAAACAUUUAACAAACCCAGUCUUCUCCCGUCGUUUAAUUUGUCCACCACAAACAACCCUGGACACGAAAAAACCAACAUUCAUGGUAGAGACUCACCUAGUAGUGUUCGUGAUGAGGACGCAUCAAAAGAGAUUGAAAACACCUUAAUACUUCACACCUGUAGUGAUGAUGAACCAUCCAGUGAACAUUCAGAUACAUUGAGUCAUAUCUAUGAUGAAGACACUGAAGCUGUUCAAUGUGAAGGAGAAAAAUGGGAAGGUUUGUCUACGAGGGAUACGAGUCCAUCCACACCUCGCUCUCGGCUUAUUAUUUCUUCUGUGACACCACAACGUCGUUUUCCUCAAUUUACCAAACAACGUAAAGCUCUUUGCUCUAAAUGGUUUCAACGCUUUAAUGAAACAGUGUUUGAAAAUCAAAUUCCCUCAUCGACUAUUAUACAAUGGAAUUCAAGACUGACACGGACUGCUGGCCAAACAAUGAUGACAAGGAAUCAGAUGGUGCGCACAGUUCAAAUUCAGCUAUCCUCACGAGUGAUUGAUAAAGAAGAGAGACUGCAGUCAACAUUAUUACAUGAAAUGUGUCAUGCAGCACAAUUUUUAUUAGAAAACGAAGAGCAACCGGCUCAUGGCCCUGGGUUCCAAAAAUGGGCUAAAAAAGCUAGACGUUUGUGGCCUUUUAUCCCUGUUACUAUAACACAUAAUUAUGAAAUUCAUUAUCCUAAAAGAUAUCAAUGUGAAGCAUGUGGCCACAUUUAUGGAAGACAUUCCAAAAUUAGCAAUUUAAGUACUGCAAGAUGUGGAAAACAAGAGUGUCAAGGAUCACUAAUAUUUCUUGGUCAUUUUUUACGCGAAGGAAAAAUUUUGGACCCAUCGAGUCACAAACGCGAACUAACACCUUACACAAGAUUUAUUAAGGAUAACUACCAUAAAGUGAAGUCAGAAAAAGCUAAUUACAAUUCCAAGCAAGUUAUGAGCGAUUUAGUCGCAGAAUGGCGGGCAUCAAAAAAUGUCGUCAAAAACAGUCAGGAUACCCCUAACAAAUCACUUGAAGCGCUCAAUGAUCAUUUACAUUGCUUAUCAUUAAAAUAGCGUUCACGUUUUAUGUUUAAAAAAACAAUUUUAUUACUUUCAU